UCGUUUCCAUUCCAAUCAGGUUUUUCCCGCAAGGGAAUGAUGUUGAGCCCGCGUUCCUAACAACUGAAGAUAUGGCCACCACUACAGGCUCAGCAGUUAAUUGGUGUCCCUCAGUAAGGAUCAUCAUACAGCAGUGUCUAUCAGCCAGACUACAGGUUCAACCACCAACAGAGACUGAAGAUGAAAGAUGGGUGGAGAUUUCCAGGGGAAUUGUCAUUUACCUGUGUUUUCUCAAAGGAUCAAACCUGGAUAUCAUACCCAAAGAAGUGAAAUCAAUUUUAAAUGUAAGACUCAGUGAGACCACAGGCCGACCAAGAAAUGUGUCAGUUUUGGAGUUUCCUGGCGAUGUUCUUAUUGUUCCUCAGGCAACACUUGGGGGAAAGAUGAAAGGAAGAAGCGUUCAGUAUCAUUCAAAUAUAUCGAAAGACGAAGGAAGGGUAUUUUAUGAAAAGUUUAUCACCCUUUGUGAGGAAACAGUCCAAGCUAACUCGACAAAUCUACCGGACUCCCCUACGAAAAAAGUGAAGCACGGCACGUAUGGAAACAGACAAGUGCUGAGUGUGGAAACAAACGGGCCAUUUACACACGUGUUUGACUUUUAGGACAUCUUUUACGACGGUAUCAUUACGACCUUACUACAGUAUUU